ACAUGCAAAAUCAAAAAAUCGAAAAAAGGUUUCGAAUUCGAUCCGAACGAAACACACAAAUUCGCGUGGAGCUUUUUGCUUAGAAUCGAAGUCUUUCGUUCGUUCGUUCGUCUCUCUUUGAUUUCUGAAUAUUUUUCAAAUUCGUGGGGGUGGGUGUAGUGACCUUGGGCCGUUUACAAUACAAGACAAGACAAGACAGUGUGUAUGUAUAUGUAUUGAAAUCGGGAGAAUGGAUCUGUUCAGAGUUUGGUCAGGGAUGGAUAUCUUAGGUUGGAGAGGAAUGGCAUACACUGUUCUUCUUCUCAACUUUGUAUUUGCUUGCCAACUUCUUUUUCUUCAGCCUCUCGUUUCCACUUUAGAUGGUCAAUCAGUGGAAGCUGCUGAGUUAUAUGAGAGGGCUUCACAAAGUAUCAAGGUUAAGCGUUACAGUGAUGCCCUCGAUGAUCUGCAUGCAGCCAUCGAAGCAGACCCUGCUCUUUCUGAAGCUUAUUUUAAGCGUGCCUCUGUGCUUCGUCAUUUUUGCAGAUACGAAGACUCUGAAAAUAACUACCAGAAAUAUCUAGAAUUUAAAUCAGGAGAUUCAAAUGCUGAGAAAGAGCUCUCGCAGCUUCAUCAAGCUAAGAGUGCUUUGGAGACUGCCUCAACUUUGUAUGAAUCAAAGGACAUUGCGAAAGCUCUUGAAUUUGUUGAUAAAGUUGUUCUUGUCUUCUCCCCAGCUUGCUCUAAGGCAAAGCUUCUCAAAGUCAAGCUCCUUAUGGUGUCUAAAGACUACUCUGCUGUAAUUUCUGAGACUGGUUAUAUUCUCAAGGAAGAUGAAAAUAAUCUUGAGGCUUUGCUCCUUCGUGGCCGUGCCUACUACUAUUUAGCAGAUCAUGACAUUGCCCAAAGGCAUUACCAAAAAGGGCUUCGUCUUGAUCCGGAACACAGUGAACUGAAGAAAGCAUACUUCGGACUGAAAAAACUGCUCAAGAAAACAAAAAGCGCAGAAGAUAAUGCAAACAAAGGAAAGUUGCGAGUUUCAGCAGAGGAGUAUAAAGAAGCUAUUGCUCUGGACCCUGAACACACGGCAAAUAACGUGCAUCUCUAUCUUGGAUUAUGCAAGGUCUCAGUCAGGCUCGGCCGUGGAAAAGACGGCUUAAAUAGCUGUAAUGAAGCACUUAACAUCGAUGGAGAAUUGAUUGAAGCUUUACAUCAGAGGGGAGAAGCUAAACUGUUGCUUGAAGAUUGGGAAGGAGCUGUGGAGGAUUUGAAGCAAGCCGCUCAAAACUCUCAGGACAUGGAAAUUCAUGAAGCACUUGGUAGAGCAGAGAAGGCACUAAAGAUGAGCAAACGAAAAGAUUGGUAUAAGAUUCUUGGAAUUUCCAAAACUGCUUCCAUCUCUGAAAUCAAACGAGCCUACAAGAAGCUUGCUUUACAGUGGCAUCCUGAUAAAAACGUAGACAAUAGAGAAGAAGCUGAGAACAAGUUCCGAGAAAUCGCUGCAGCUUAUGAGAUUCUUGGAGAUGACGAUAAGCGGGCGAGAUUUGACAGAGGAGAGGAUCUUGAAGAUAUGGGUGGAGGCGGCGGUGGAGGAUUCAAUCCGUUUCAUGGUGGUGGUGGUGGUGGACAACAGUAUACUUUCCAUUUUGAGGGCGGUUUUCCCGGCGGUGGUGGUGGUUUUGGCGGUUUCGGUUUCUAACUUGGACAUGAAAGUAUCAUGUAACUUGAGACUGAACUUUCCGAAUUAUACUCAAAAAACACAUUUUCCUUUCUUUCAUCAGAAAAGUUUUGUGCAAUCUUAA